GGGGCACCGGUGCUGUGACGUAACGGAUGACGUAAGGCGGCAGCGACCCACCAGAACAGUGGCGGUCGUGGGGCAGUGACUGAACAGUCGGCCUGCUGCACCGCCUCCACAACGCAGCUGCCCAGAGAUGCGGCCCUGGGGCGCGGUGCCGUCACUGUCGGCGUGGUGCUGGUGCCUGGCUGCGGUGCUGCAGCUGCAGGCGCCACUGUGCGACGGUCUGCGGGCCCUGGCGCUGUUCCACUACCACGGCUACAGCCACUGGGUGAUGUUCCGGCCACUGCUGCUGGAACUGGCCCGCCGCGGCCACCACGUGACCGUGCUCUCACACUUCCCCCAGGACAACGCACCGCCUACCUACGAGGACCGCAGCCUCAAGGGCGCCGUGCCUCCCAUUGUCAAUACCUUCUCUGUCGACUUCGCGAUGAGCUCCAGCAUGAUUAAAUUCAUCUGGUUCGAGAUGCAGUCCUUCUGCAGGCCCAACUUCGAGCACCCGGUCACCAAAGAGCUGAUCAAAAAUAAGGAAAAUUUCGACGUCAUCCUUCUCGAGGUGUUCGGGCCGGACUGCUUCGCAGCCUUCCACCACCACCUGGGGGGAGUCCCAGUGGUGGGGAUGACGAGCAGUGUGAUGCUGCCCUGGGGAAACUCCCGCGUGGGCAACCCCGACAACCCGGCCUACAUACCCAACUACUUCAUGCCCUUCAGCUCACGCAUGACCUUCUGGGAGCGCCUCGCCAACACGGUGGCCACCUUUGCUACGAGCGUCGGCUUUGACCUCUUGGUUCCAGGAUCAGUGGAUGAACUGAACAGGGAGUAUUUUGGGUACGAAGUACCGAAAACGCUAGAUCUGGUGAAGAAUCUCAGUCUUUUGCUGGUGAACAGCCACUUUAGCAUCAACUUUCCUCGACCGCUGCUGCCGAAUGUCUUAGAGGUCGGCGGCAUACACGUCCCAACAGCUGUGAAACCACUUCCAAAAGACCUGCAGCAGUUCCUGGACGGGGCGCCCGGAGAGACCGGCGCGGUGCUGUUCACGUUCGGCUCUCUGGUUCAGGCAGACACUCUGCCCACCGACACGCUGCUGGCGUUCGCCGAGGCCUUCCGGCAGCUGCGGCCGCAGCGCUUCGUCUGGAAGCUGGACGCGGGGGCGGCCGCCGCCAAGGGCGUCGCCCUGCCGGACAACGUGCUCGCCGCCACCUGGCUGCCGCAGUUCGACGUGCUCAGCCACCCCAAGUUGCGGGCGUUCAUCUCCCACGGCGGCCUCAUGGGGACGCUGGAGGCGGUGCACUGCGGGGUGCCCGUGCUGGGGAUCCCGCUGUUCGCCGACCAGAAGCUCAACGUGCCCAACAUGGUGCGCCACGGCGUCGCCGUCCAGCUCGACAUCAACCACAUCACCACUGACCAGGUCGUCGACGCCCUGCGCAAGCUCACCGCUCCAGGAUCUGAGUACUGGACGCGGGCCAAGCAGCUAUCUGCACUGUUCCGGGACCGCCCCCGGCCGCCGCUGGAGGAGGCGGCGUACUGGGUGGAGUACGUGGCCCGCCACCAGGGGGCGCCGCACAUGCGGUCUGCCGCGCUGGACCUGUCCUGGUACCAGUACCUGCUGCUGGACGUCGUCGCCUUCGUCGCCCUGGCCGCCGCCGCCGCGCUGGCCGUGCUCUGGGUCCUCUGCAGAAAGCUGAUCUCUCUGGCGCUGCCGCCCACGAGGGGGCCGCGCAAGGCGAAAGCGUCGUGAGGCGGUGUAGAGCUGGCUCCAAGAUGUCACGUGCCGUGAGGAGCAGAAGACUAGUUCGUCAAUGUGCGGACAUUUGCCACGCCGGACAUUUGCCACGAUUUUACCUGCUCCGAAGGGUUGGGUCCCUUGUCUCCUCCUCCUCCUCAUCGCUUACUGAGCCUUUACGCUGUUUCACUUAACUUAGAACCAGAAUCUCUUUGGAUUUUCUGCCACAUUUAUAGAGAGGGUUUCGUUGUGGAAACUAUUAAAUGCAUCUCGCAUUGAAAUCCGCACCAAAUUUCGAGCCGCAGUAAAACUUCGCCAAUCUUGGAGAUUUUGCGUUCGCCUAAAUUAUACUUACCUUUUUCGGUGCUCCUGCAUCAGCUUUCUGUCGUGUUUUGUGUACCAUGGGCGAUCAGUUCAGUCUCUUAUUAAUUUAUUUGGUAUGAAUCUCUCGAGUGCUGUUGAUUCUAUUUCUUUGAAAUAUGGUCUUCACUUACAUAGUUUGGAAGGAUUGGUGACUGUCUCUUAGAAAGAUGUCAACCGAUUUUUAGUUGCUUUUAUAAAUAGACAUAGUUCGCGUUUAGUUUUGGUGAGCUUCUUUGUUACGAAAAUGAGCCUCGCUACGACUGUGUGUUCACUAAUCCCUGUAUCCGUCGUGAUGCUCAGGAUUAUUUGUGGCUAAGAGGUCAAGUGUGUUUUCGUAACCAUUUACAGUUUGAAUGGCCUCGUGAACUAAUUGUUCAAAAUAAUUUUAAAAAAGCAUUUAGAACAAUUACGGAAGUUUUUUUCUAUAUACAAUAGGGUUUGAAAAUGUAUUUUUGUCAACAUAUGGAAGGUAGAUUGAAGUCACUGCCAGCUAUAAUUGCGUGAGUGGGGUACCUAUUUGUGAUGAAACUCAAGUUUCUUUGAACUGUUCAGCAACUGUUUCAUCUGAGACCGGGGGUCGGUAGAAGGAGCCAGUUAUUAAUUUAUUCGGUUGUCGAAUGUAACCUCUGCCCAUACCAAGUCACAGGACUAUCUGCUUCAAUGUCGCUUGUGAGCUGGAAUACACAUUACAUUAUUUUUCUUUAAGUUGUGAUUCUUCUUUCUGUUGUAGUGCAGAUCAUUACAAUUACGGAUUUUCCUUCCAAAACCUAGGAUGCUUUCUCUGUGACCCAGUAAAUACCAGAGCUAAACAAUGUAGAACAACAACGUACGUUACAAGUAUAACAUUCUGUAUUACUUCAUUUCUUAUUUCUAACAUUUUAAAAUUGUAUGUCGACUUUAGAUGACAUGUCAAUCAUAGAUGAUCUUAUCUCUAUUUAGUGAACGUAUUUUCAGUCAUGUUUUGAACAUUGUCUAGCUACACUUUAUUAACUAAUGUUUCGCCGCAAGGGAUAUCGUAUUUUAGAGAGUAAAUUAGUAUGGAGUA